GGUAGACCCGAGAAGCUUAAUGUUGGGUGAAGUUGCACAAAUAGCAACUUUCAGGAUCUAUUUAAAGAUUAGUCGAAAUUUACAAAAUAUUUAUACCUUAAUCCCAUUAAUAUUGAACUUUAGACCAGCCAGUUCAAAACUUUAAACUUCAUACUCAAGAUCUGAAAAUGCAUCAAUCCUAAAUUAUCAUGUAAGAUAAUGUAUGUAUUGCUUAAAGUAUCAAAUUCUUUUUUCCAAAUAAUAAGAAACAAGAAAAUUUAUCACGAAAUAGCUUAAUUAAAAUAUGACUAAAUUUUAAAUAAUUUUUUAUAAAUCAAAUACAUAUUAUAAAUAAAAAUAUUUGAGAGUGUAAUAAGAACGUCCGUCCGUCCGUCCGUCAACAACAGAAUCACUUCUCCGGCUAAACCAGCGAUCUACUUUUCCGACGAUCAAUGUCCGAUUCCAAUUUGAAAACUGUGAGGGUUGUAAUUAAAGGGAGAGUUCAGGGUGUAUCGUAUAGGGGUUGGACAGUAGAUAAUGCGACGGAAUUGGGUUUGAGUGGUUGGGUUAGGAACAGAAAGGACGACGGAACUGUGGAAGCCAUGUUUUCCGGUAGUUCUGAGAAGGUUCUAGAAAUGGAACGCCGGUGUAGGGUGGGACCACCGGCGGCGAAUGUCACCGGCGUGGAUGUUAAUGCUUGUGAUGAAGAUCUGGCGCCGGGCUUUGAAUGUAGGCUAACUGUUUGAUCAAUUGCCUAAAAGAAGCAAAAUAGGAGUGAUUUUUUCUUUUUUUGGUUAUGUAUUUACACAAUAUAAAGUUAAUGCGUACAUUAUUUUUUCGAUACACACUAUCAAAUGACUUAGUACAACCAUGUUGAAGGCGAACAACAUACACAUUAGUCUUACAAGAGGGGUCCGAGAAGAAUGAGAUAUGCGCAAACCUUAUCUUGCAUUACCUUGUGUGAGAUAAAGAUAUUAUUUUCGAUAAAUAUUCGAUUCGAACGGAGCUCUACCAACUGAACUAUAUCCGGAGCCAAGCGGAGCAUGCAUCUGACUACAAGAAAAGUGUUCUUAAAAAUAGAUUUGAGAAACAUAAAAAUAAAAGUUUAUGAUGAAAAUAUUGUAGAAAAUUUUGGUUAGUAUAGAUAUUAGAGAUCAUUGAA